CCCCGCUGCCGCCGGCCGCCGCUGAGCCACCCCGAGACCAAGCUCGCCGCUCCCCAGCUCCGUCCUCGCCCGGUCCCCAAGCGCCCCGAGAAACAUGAUUCCAGUGACAGAGUUCCGGCAGUUCUCUGAGCAGCAGCCUGCCUUUCGGGUGCUGAAACCAUGGUGGGAUGUGUUCACCGAUUACCUCUCAGUGGCCAUGCUGAUGAUCGGUGUGUUCGGAUGUACUCUCCAGGUCAUGCAAGACAAGAUAAUAUGCCUUCCAAAAAGAGUUCAGCCUUCUCAGAACCACUCUUCCGCAUCCAAUAUCUCGCAAGCAAUUGCCAGUACAACCCCACUGCCUCCAACGAAACCAUCUCCUACCAACCCUGUCACUGUAGAAAUGAAAGGACUAAAGACAGAUUUAGACCUUCAGCAGUACAGUUUUAUAAACCAGAUAUGUUAUGAACGAGCCCUCCACUGGUAUGCCAAGUAUUUCCCUUACCUUGUCCUCAUCCAUACCCUGGUCUUCAUGCUGUGCAGCAACUUUUGGUUCAAAUUCCCAGGCUCUAGCUCUAAAAUAGAACAUUUCAUCUCAAUCCUGGGGAAAUGCUUUGAUUCUCCUUGGACCACACGGGCUUUAUCUGAAGUGUCUGGGGAGGACUCAGAAGAAAAGGAUAAUAGGAAGAACAAUGUGAGCAGGACAAACACAGUUCAGACUUGUCCAGAAGGCAGCCUGGUCAACUCUCAGUCUUUAAAAUCAAUUCCUGAAAAGUUUGUGGUGGACAAGUCCACUGCAGGGGCACUGGAUAAAAAGGAAGGUGAACAAGCAAAGGCCUUGUUUGAGAAGGUAAAGAAGUUCAGGAUGCAUGUAGAGGAAGGUGAUAUACUCUAUGCCAUGUAUGUUCGCCAGACUGUGCUGAAGGUCAUCAAAUUCCUAAUCAUCAUUGCAUACAAUAGUGCCCUGGUUUCCAAAGUCCAAUUUACUGUGGACUGCAAUGUUGACAUUCAGGAUAUGACUGGAUAUAAGAACUUUUCUUGCAACCACACAAUGGCACACUUAUUCUCAAAACUCUCUUUUUGCUAUCUUUGUUUUGUAAGUAUUUACGGACUGACAUGCCUUUACACCUUAUAUUGGUUGUUCUACCGUUCUCUCAAGGAAUAUUCUUUUGAGUAUGUCCGGCAGGAGACUGGAAUUGAUGACAUUCCAGAUGUGAAAAAUGACUUUGCUUUUAUGCUUCACAUGAUAGAUCAGUAUGACCCUCUGUAUUCCAAGAGAUUUGCAGUAUUCCUCUCAGAAGUGAGUGAAAAUAAGUUGAAGCAGCUAAAUUUGAACAAUGAGUGGACUCCUGAUAAACUGAGGCAGAAACUACAGAUGAACGCCCACAACCGACUGGAAUUGCCUCUCAUCAUGCUCUCCGGCCUUCCAGAUACAGUUUUUGAAAUCACAGAGUUACAGUCACUGAAACUUGAAAUCAUCAAGAAUGUAAUGGUCCCAGCCACCAUUGCACAGCUAGAGAAUCUUCAGGAACUCUCUCUACACCAGUGUUCCGUCAAAAUCCACAGCUCAGCACUCUCUUUCCUUAAGGAAAAUCUCAAGGUCUUGAGUGUCAAGUUUGAUGACAUGAGGGAGCUGCCUCCUUGGAUGUAUGGACUCCGCAAUCUGGAAGAGCUCUAUUUGGCUGGCUCUUUAAGCCACGAUAUUUCCAAAAAUGUUACCCUGGAAUCUCUACGGGAUCUCAAAAGCCUUAAAAUUCUCUCUAUCAAGAGUAAUGUGUCCAAAAUCCCUCAGGCCGUGGUGGAUGUUUCCAGCCAUCUUCAAAAGAUGUGUAUCCAUAAUGAUGGCACCAAGCUGGUAAUGCUCAACAAUUUAAAAAAGAUGACCAACCUGACAGAGCUGGAGCUGGUCCACUGUGACUUGGAGCGCAUCCCUCAUGCUGUGUUCAGCUUGCUCAGCCUACAGGAAUUGGACCUCAAAGAAAAUAAUCUGAAGUCCAUAGAAGAGAUAGUUAGUUUCCAGCACUUGAGAAAGCUGACUGUGCUAAAACUGUGGCAUAACAGUAUCACCUACAUCCCAGAACACAUAAAGAAACUCACCAGCCUGGAGCGCCUGUCCUUCAGUCACAAUAAAAUAGAGGUGCUGCCUUCCCACCUCUUCCUAUGCAACAAAAUCAGAUACUUGGACCUAUCCUACAAUGACAUCCGCUUCAUCCCUCCUGAGGUCGGGGUGCUGCAGAGUUUACAAUAUUUCUCCAUCACGUGUAACAAAGUGGAGAGUCUUCCUGAUGAACUCUACUUCUGCAAGAAACUUAAGACUCUGAAGAUUGGGAAGAACAACUUAUCCAUAUUGUCUCCAAAAAUUGGAAAUUUACUCUUUCUUUCCUACUUAGAUGUCAAAGGCAAUCACUUUGAAAUUCUUCCUCCAGAACUGGGUGACUGUCGGGCCCUGAAGCGAGCAUGCUUAGUUGUAGAAGAUGCUCUGUUUGAAACUCUGCCUUCUGAUGUCCGGGAGCAAAUGAAAGCAGAAUAACUUAUUUUUUGUCAAAAGUUUGACUGAAACAUGCUUCUACCAAAUACAGUAUAAUAAUUAGGUAGUCCUAAUGCCUUUCCUAUUUUAUUUUAUUUUUUUCUUUUCACACAAAACAAUAUGUACACAGGUUGAGUAAGCGUUUGUAUUUUUAAUAAAAAUUUAUUUCUAUUUUUUCAAUAUUAAUAUUUUUAAGUUUAAUUUGUGCUGGAACCUCAUGUAUUCAUAAGUGUUUUCUACUGAGAGAAACAGAUGGUUCCAUCUGUGUUUUGUUUUGUUACGGUUAGUUUCUUAGUUUUCAUUGUUUUUGUUUCGUUCUGUUUUGUUUUUCAAGUUCUAUGUAAA